GCCAACGCAGAUUGCACUUUGAUUUGCGUCUUGUAUGGAAGCCCACUGAGUUCAUUCCGAUUCGAAAAGAUGCAAACCACCGCCCGGCGCCUUGGCGCGCUCGGACUCGUCCUCGUCGGUGGCGACUACGCGUCCGACCAUGUGCCAUCGCGCGCCGGUCGCGUCGCCUACGCGGGCGCGUCGACGUUUGUCGACUUCAAGCUUCACGUGCCCAAGAAGCCUGCGACGACCGCCACCGAGUCUGACUUUGGCCCACCGUCGUCCAUUGACGCCAAAGACCCGGCCAUGGUCGCGUACAAGAGCGCGCUGCAAGCGUUCAAUUUGCGCACGGCGGAGCGACUGCUGCACUUGUGCUUGACGAACGGCGGUGUGUUUACCAAGAUGGGCCAGCAAAUUGCAUCGAUGAACCACGGCCUGCCCACCGAGUACACGUCGACGUUGAGCCAGCUUCAAGACCAAGCACGGCCCGUAUCCGGCGCGGAAGCCAAAGCGGCCGUCGCCGCCGAGCUCGGCGCGCCGAUCGAUAAACUGUUUUUCGAAUUUGACGAAAACCCGAUCGCAGCGGCGUCGCUCGCGCAGGUGCACCGCGCGGUGACCAAGGACGGCGUCGAGGUCGCAGUCAAGGUGCAGUACCCGGCGCUCGCCGUGCAGAUGGGCUCGGACCUCUGGAGCGUCGCGCAAGCCAUUCGCGCCAUGAACUACACGUGGGACAUUGACAUGUCGUGGCUCGUACCCGAGAUGGAAACAGCGCUAUAUGCCGAGUUGAACUUUGACGCGGAGAAGCAAAACAGCCGCAAGAUUGCGCAUUUGUUUCAAAACAACCCGUUUGUGUACAUUCCCAAGGUGCUCGAUAACUACAGCACGACGCGCGUGCUGACGAUGGAGUUUAUGCGCGGGGCCAAAGUCACCGACACGGACGCGAUCGAGCGCAUGCACCUCCGUCCGCUCGUCGUCGCCAAGCACGUCUCGUCGCUCUUUGCCGAGAUGCUCUUUUGCUCGGGCUUCGUGCACUGCGACCCGCACCCGGGCAACCUCUUUGUCCGCCCGCACCCGACGCUGCCGAAUGAGGCGCAAAUCAUCCUCCUCGACCAUGGCCUCUACCGGCAGCUCGAUGAGACCUUUCGCAUCACCUUCUGCGAACUGUGGAAGGGACUGUUGCUGCGUGACGCAGCGCUCGUCGACGCGUGCAGCGACAAAUUUGGCAUCAAGCAGUAUGCCAAGCUGCUCCCGCUCAUCUUUACGUACCGCGGCAUGCACAGCAACAACAAACUCGCGGGUCAAAUCUCGGCGGCCGACCGCGCUGCGAUCGUCGAAGAUCUCAAGGCGCUUGAGCGCGGCGACGUGACGGCGUUUCUCGAGACGCUGCCGCGCGACAUGCUCUUUGUGCUGCGCUCGACCAACUUGACGCGUUCGCUCAACAAGGAGCUCGGCGGCUCGUCGCGCCAACGCUUCCACGUCUUUGGCAAGUACGCCAUGAAAGGCCUCGUCCAGGACCACGCGCAACGCGACGCGGUGGCCCCCAUGACAUGGCGCGAGACGCUCUGGUUUCAGUACGAGUAUGCCAACUUGAAGCUGCGCCUGCGACUCAUUGACACUGCGAUGGGGCUCUACCAGCGCUACUACGGCAUCGACGUCGGGCCCGACAAGGCCACGGGGUAGUGUGUGCCGUAAACUCUGUCGCCGCCCAAGCAGCACAAGGAGCGAGUUCAAAAGAGCUACUACAGUAGUGAGUUGUACUAACUUUACGGCUACGGAUCGUGCGAGUGACGACGCGGUGAGAGCUCGGAGGGGCGCCGGGGUGACCGUGGCGACGGCGCGCCUCCGAUGAGCGCCACGGGCUUGUGAGGUA